AAAAGAUCAGGCAGCAUUUAAUUGUUUCAAAUCCUACCUAAGAAAAUCAAAUCAGUCUAAGCUUGCUGAACUGCUGGAAUGCGUGGAGAUGGGAAAAGAUAUUACCGAUAAAGAGAAAGAGCUUGAUGAUACUUAUAACAAAACAGCUGGAUAUGGUAUAGUUAACAGCGUGCAAAAUGCACUAGGAACACAGCCAGGAAAUACAUUUUCAAGGAGAACAGUAAAUCUUCAAACAAAUCCACAGGAAAGAUAUGACAAAAACCUGAUCUUCUCUGAUCAGUUUGAUGGUAAUGAGAUUGAUGCAAGUAAAUGGAAGCAUGAAAUAUCUGCAUCUGGAGGAGGGAACUGGGAGUUCCAGAUAUACUCACCUGAACAAGUCAACAGCUUCAUCAAGGACAAUGUAUUAUAUCUCCGUCCCACAUUAACAGCUGAAAAAUUUGGUGAGGAAUUUCUAUACCAUGGUAUUUUAGACGUUGAAGAGAUCUGGGGAGAAUGUACAAACACCAAGUUUUAUGGUGGAUAUCGAGAUUCAAAAUAUGGCAUGAUAUCACCGGUAAUGUCGGCCAAAUUGAUGUUGCAAGAAAAGUUCAGUUUCAGGUAUGGUCGAGCGGAAGUUGAGGCUAAAAUGCCAAAAGGGGAUUGGAUACGGCCAUCAAUUCAAUUGCUCCCUCGAGACAAUGUUUAUGGAGAAUGGCCAAGCUCAGGACAGAUUGUUAUGGCUGAAAGCAGAGGUAACCUUAACUAUGGAAGAAUUGGUGUAGAGAACGUAACAUGCACGCUUCACUGGGGAACUCAGUGGAAUGAAAAUAGAUGGGAAAUGACAACUGGUCAGAAACUUGGAGUAGAUGACGUACCAGUAAUGACAUCAGUAACUCCUAUAGGUGGAUAUUUCAAGAAAGGAUUUUUUGAUGGAGAUAACAUUUGGUGUGAUGGUGGAAAAAAUGCGCCUUUUGACAGAGAGUUUAGUCUCCAAUUUAGCCUGGCUGUCGGGGGAACCAAUGACUACUUUCCAGAUUUCGUGCAGAAUGUUGGCUAUGAGAAGCCAUGGUGCAACAGGGACCCACGGGCGGCAAAAAAGUUUUACGAGUCGAGAGAUAAAUGGAGGGAUACUUGGAAUGGAGAGGACGCUGCACUGAAAAUCCGUUCUGUUAAAAUAUGGUCGGAUAAGAUAUCAUGACAAUAAAUGUAUCCUAUAAAA